UCCCAGGCCCCACCUCCUUCCGCCUCUCAGCUGGGAUUUGUCCCGCCCACCGCCGCUGGCCCGGUUCCGUUUCCGGCUGGCUGAGUACUGGGGUCCAGAAAGUGAUCGCUGCCGUGGUCGCCAUGGGGAAGUCGGAUUUUCUUACUCCCAAGGCUAUCGCCAACAGGAUCAAGUCCAAGGGGCUGCAGAAGCUACGCUGGUAUUGCCAGAUGUGCCAGAAGCAGUGCCGGGACGAGAAUGGCUUUAAGUGUCAUUGUAUGUCCGAAUCUCAUCAGAGACAACUAUUGCUGGCUUCAGAAAAUCCUCAGCAGUUUAUGGAUUAUUUUUCAGAGGAAUUCCGAAAUGACUUUCUAGAACUUCUCAGGAGACGCUUUGGCACUAAAAGGGUCCACAACAACAUUGUCUACAACGAAUACAUCAGCCACCGAGAGCACAUCCACAUGAAUGCGACUCAGUGGGAAACUCUGACUGAUUUUACUAAGUGGCUGGGCAGAGAAGGCUUGUGCAAAGUGGACGAGACACCAAAAGGCUGGUAUAUUCAGUACAUAGACAGGGACCCAGAAACUAUCCGCCGGCAACUGGAACUGGAGAAAAAGAAAAAGCAGGACCUUGAUGAUGAAGAAAAAACUGCCAAAUUUAUUGAAGAACAAGUGAGAAGAGGCCUGGAAGGGAAGGAACAGGAGGUCCCUACUUUUACGGAAUUAAGCAGAGAAAAUGAUGAAGAGAAAGUCACGUUUAAUUUGAGUAAAGGAGCAUGUAGCUCAUCCGGAGCAACAUCUUCCAAGUCAAGUACUCUGGGACCGAGUGCACUGAAGACGAUAGGAAGUUCAGCAUCAGUGAAACGAAAAGAAUCUUCCCAGAGCUCAACUCAGUCUAAAGAAAAGAAGAAAAAGAAAUCUGCACUGGAUGAAAUCAUGGAGAUUGAAGAGGAAAAGAAAAGAACUGCCCGAACAGACUACUGGCUACAGCCUGAAAUUAUUGUGAAAAUUAUAACCAAGAAACUGGGAGAGAAAUAUCAUAAGAAAAAGGCUAUUGUUAAGGAAGUAAUUGACAAAUAUACAGCUGUUGUGAAGAUGAUUGAUUCUGGAGACAAGCUGAAACUUGACCAGACUCAUUUAGAGACAGUAAUUCCAGCACCAGGAAAAAGAAUUCUAGUUUUAAAUGGAGGCUACAGAGGAAAUGAAGGUACCCUAGAAUCCAUCAAUGAGAAGACUUUUUCAGCUACUAUCGUCAUUGAAACUGUAAGUUUGUUUACACAAAGACAGAAAUUUCAAAAUGCUUUAAAAAUGUGCCAUAGUUUUUUUUAAUUGGAUUGUUCUUUAUUUUAGAAUUUGAGUUUUUUGUUAGCCUUCUAUCCUAUUUGGAAAUCUGUAAGCUUAUUUUCUCCAGUGACUCUGCCAUUGCUAAAGUAUUUUAUUUUCUGAUUACAAAAGAAAUGUGUACUCAUGCAUAAAACCCCAAAAAACAUAAUUUAAUAUAAAUAAUUAUAAAAAUUAAUCAUAGUCCCCCAGCCCAACAAUAAACCCCAUUAAUAUUUUGGUCUGUUCCUUUCCAAUCUUGGUGUUUUAUGAAAGUGUGUGUAAUAGGUACAGUUUUAUAUCCUUUUUUCCCCUCAUAUCGAAUAUAAAACUCAAUUUGGCAUAGUAAAGUUAGUGGGGGAAGUAAAGUCAUUGUCAAGAGGGAGGGAACCACAGAGGUCAACCACUUUUUAAAAUGUCUUCCCUUUUUUCAUAAAGGAUUUAAGGUAGCAGAGAUCAAUACAGUAAUUUAAAGAACUCUGACUUAUAAAUAAAGUUGGUUAUUGACUUAGAACUGAUAUUUCACUCACAGGUCUGUGAGUGAGGUCUGAGAUAUCUUCAGAAAGAAAGUUUCCUUUUAGAACUCUGAACUACUGCACUGCGUAUCUUUGAUGCUAAACAAAAGAAUUUUUUAUCUUCAGUACAGUCAGUUUUAGUAUUUCUGGGGGAGCUUGGGAGUAAUAGAUCACUUAGAGAGUUUAAUGAAAGUUUAGACUCUUCAAAACAUUGCACAUAAUUGCCAAAUUUUAUUUGUUCUCUUGGGGAGUUUAUAGGCCCCCUAAGCCCAUGGACCUGUUAGAGAAUAUGUGUCUAGGAAGGUUUUCUGGAAAAACCAUUUAGGUCCUUAUUUGAGAGAAUUCUCAUUUCAGUAAAUCAAGCUUUUCUCCUUUUUUUUUUUCUUUCUGAUCCUGACAGUGCUAACCUAGAAGCUGUUACUUGCUAACUGUUACUAACGUAAACUAAGGGGAAAAAAGGGAAAAAGGACUCUUACUUGGCAUUGAGGAACAUGUCAGUCUGACUAAAUUAGCAGAUUGAGUUUUAACAAAAAACUCUAUAAGAUUUUCUCUGACUCUAUCAGCAUAAGGCAGUAGAAAAUCCAGUAUUUCCUUGACAACUUGCUUAUCCUUCCCUUAUUAAUUUCUUUUUUUUUUUUUUUUUGCAUGGACCAUGCAUGAAACUUACCUUAUUAAUUUCAUAGUGCUAUCAAAUGCAGAUCCUGUUUCAUGUUUUCAUCUCAGGGAAACACAAAACAACUGAUUACUGUUGAGGCUGUGUUGAGUUCCAUCUCGAUACCUUUGGUUCGCAGGUUGUGUCCAUUCAUCAAAAACUAAUUUCUCACCUUCUGCACUGUAGACCCAGUUUCAUCUUCUGUACUGAGGUAGAACUUAGCAGCAAAUCCACAUGAAAAGCCUCUUUCUGUUUGAUUGCAAAGCAACAUGUACUUCUUUUAGAAGAGGGAAUCUACCAGCUUGGCAUGGUGGCUCAUGCCUGUAAUUCCAGCACUUUGGGAGGCUGAGGCGGACGAAUCACCUGAGGUCAGGAGUUCGAGACCAGCCCGGCCAACAUGGAGAAACCCCAUCUCCACUAAAAAUACAAAAAUUAGCUGGGCGCGGUGGCAAAUGCCUGAAGUCCCAGCUCGGGAGACUGAGGCAGGAGAAUCGCUUGAACCUGGGAGGCAGAGGUUGCAGUGAGCCAAGAUUGCGCCACUUACUCUGGCCUGGGUGACAGCGAGACUCCGUCUCAAAAAAAAAAAAAAAGGGAAUCUGUCUCCUAAUUUUUUUUUCUUCCUUUCUUCAGCCUGUCCUCAUUAAAAAAAAAAAAAAAAUCUCUGUAUAUGCUUGUGUCAUCACUUGAGCUUUGCAAGUGGUUAUUUUUAUCAUUUCUGGCACCUUAAGUUUUCAUGUCGUUGAUAAUAUUUGAAAUUUAUGCAUAUAUCAAGCAGAUUUUUAACAUCCAAUAAAUUGUUCCUAAAUAGCUUCAGCUUUUUAGCUAUUUGCCCUAUAAGCCCAAAUGUCUGGCUCCCUUCUUAUUCUCCAGAUUUAUGGUACUUAUCAGAAAAAUGUAAUUGACCAUAGACCAUUAAACAUGAUAAUGAAAAAUCUAACCUAGGUUAUACUUUAUCUGGGAACUUAAUUCCUUUAAAUAUGAUAAUUAUUUGUUGUGAAGGGAAGCAGUAAAAAAAAUGUUAAAAUCUCAGUUCUAGGGUUAAAGUCAUCAUCAUUGUCAUCAUCAUUAUUGUCAUCAUCAUCAUGUUAUAUUUUGCAAGGGAGAGGAUUAACUGUCAAAUUUAAUUUUAAUUUAAUUUAAUUUUAUUUUAUUUUAUUAUUUAUUUUCAAGACAGAGUCUCACUCUGUCUCCCAGGCUGGAGUGCAAUGGCACGAUCUCAACUCACUGCAACCUCUGCCUCUGGGUUCAAGAAAUUCUUCUGCUCCAGCCUCCCAAGUAGCUGGGAUUACAGGUGUGUGCCACCAUGCCCAGCUAAUUUUUAUAUUUUUAGUAGAGAUAGGGUUUCACUAUGUUGGUCAGGCUGGUCUCAAACUCCUGACCUCAGGUGAUCCACCUGCCUCGGCCUCCCAAAGUGCUGGGAUUACAGAUGUGAGCACUGCGCCCAACCCAACUCUCAAAUUUUAAACAAAAGAUUAAAUAAUAAUUAGAGUUGAAAAUUAUUGAGCUCUCACUCAUAUUAAAUUCCAGGUCUAGUCACUUUAUAUGAAAUAACUCAUUUAUAUUUCCCAACAACCCAAUCAUACAGACAUUACUAUUAUUUCCACUGGGAGAUAAUAAGGCACAGAGAGGAAACUGAAGGACAGAGAGGUUAAAUCAAUUGUUGAAAGUGAGAUUUGAACUUGGGGAGUGUAGGUUCACAGCCCAUAUUCUUAGCCUCUGUGUUCCCAGGUUAUAUCCGCUUUUGUGAUAGAAAAUAUCUUUCAUUAAUUAAGUUUUCCUCUUUCCCUUUUUGUUCGAUAUGAAAGAAGAAAAUAAAUUUAAAGUUGGACUCUUUUUAUAAUCUGGACCAGUGUAACUAUCACAGCCAACCUAGACAAACAUGUUUGAGUAUCUGUAAUGCUUACAAAAUGAUAUUUCCUAUAAAAAAAAGAAAACCCCAAAUGGACAAUGGCACAAACAUGGUAGAAGUUAACGUUUCACUCUAAAAACCCCAAAUGGGUAUUUUUGAUCAGGGAACUCUUUCUAAGUGGCGAUUUGUGAACCCAGGGUCCUUCCAGCUAGUGCCUCUACUGCCCUCAAGUGGCAUCUCCAGUUGCCAUGUCUGUGGGCACUGGGCAGCCAAAAGGAGCUUGGCAGAUUGUGUGUCAGGGAUAGCACGUCUGGACCGUCACUUCUGUUUGCUUUCAUGGGCUGGAGCUCCAUGCAUGGCCACAGCUAACCACAAGGGAGCCAGGAAACUGGCUAUCCAGGAAGCAGAGGAGAUACUGAACAGCUAGCAGGUCUCUGCCACAAUAUCUAUUGAUAACGUAUGUCAGAUGUCACAGAAGAAAAUAUGGUAGUUCUUAAUGAGAAUGCCAUAGAUUAUUCUUAAAAUUCAUAGAUGUAUACAAAUGUUAACAAUCUUAAUGGUAUUUUAGGGAUGCGGAAAAGGCAAAUUUGUAUCCAUAAGUAUGGUGUCAUUUUUUUGUCUUUUAGGAAUAUGUGUUUUUAACCUUAUUUUAAAUUAUUUUAAU